AUGGGUCUCAUUCGACUAAAAUCAAAGCGUUGGCAGGGCUGGAUUCCUUCUGGAGGCUCUAGUAAUCAAGAUGAUUACCAGCUGGUUCGAAAACUUGGUCGGGGAAAGUAUAGUGAAGUAUUUGAGGCCAUUAACAUCACCAACAAUGAGAGAGUGGUUGUAAAAAUUCUCAAGCCAGUGAAGAAAAAGAAGAUAAAACGAGAGGUUAAGAUUCUGGAGAACCUUCGUGGUGGAACAAAUAUCAUUAAGCUGAUUGACACUGUGAAGGACCCUGUGUCAAAGACCCCAGCUUUGGUAUUUGAAUAUAUCAAUAAUACAGAUUUUAAGCAACUUUACCAGAUCCUGACAGACUUCGAUAUCCGGUUUUAUAUGUAUGAGCUACUUAAGGCUCUGGAUUACUGCCACAGCAAGGGAAUCAUGCACAGGGAUGUGAAACCUCACAAUGUCAUGAUAGAUCACCAGCAGAAGAAGCUGCGACUGAUAGACUGGGGUCUGGCGGAGUUCUACCAUCCUGCUCAGGAGUACAAUGUCCGUGUAGCCUCGAGGUACUUCAAGGGCCCAGAGCUCCUUGUGGACUAUCAGAUGUAUGAUUACAGCUUGGACAUGUGGAGUUUGGGCUGUAUGUUAGCAAGCAUGAUCUUCCGAAAGGAGCCCUUCUUUCAUGGACAGGACAACUACGACCAGCUUGUUCGCAUUGCCAAGGUUCUGGGUACAGAUGAGCUGUAUGGGUAUCUGAAGAAGUAUCACAUAGACCUAGAUCCACACUUCAACGAUAUCCUGGGACAACAUUCACGGAAACGCUGGGAAAACUUCAUCCAUAGUGAGAACAGACACCUCGUCAGCCCCGAGGCUCUAGAUCUUCUGGACAAACUUCUGCGAUACGACCAUCAACAGAGACUGACUGCCAAAGAGGCCAUGGAGCACCCGUACUUCUACCCCGUGGUGAAGGAGCAGUCCCAGCCCUCUGCAGACAAUGCUGUGCUUUCCAGUGGCCUCACGGCGGCCCGGUGAACACUUGGAAGGCGACGGGUCUGUUGCGGUUCCUCCCACUUUUCCAUAAGCAGAACAAGAACCAAAUCAAACGUCUUAACGUGUGUAGAGAGAUCACGUUCCGUGAGCAGACACAAAAUGGUGGCAGGUUUGGCCAGCACGAACCAGACCAACCGAAGGGCAGCCCACCACCGUAUAUCAAACCUCACUUCCGAAUGUAAAAGGUUCACACGCCUUUGGCUUCCUGUUGACUUCCUCCUGACCCAGAAAGCAUGGGAAAUGUGAAGGGUAUGCAAAAUGGUUGUUGGUUACUGUUGCCCCCCUGCGCCCCCUUGACUCAGCCUGUGGCCACCUGUUUUUCCAGCAGACCACGGUAACUAGCCGACCACAGACUCCACAGUGGGGGCACGGGGGCAACCUAUGGCAUGAUGGGCAGUUACAUAUUAUAAUUUUAAAAGUAUAUAUUAUUGAAUAAAAGGUUUUAAAAGAAA